AUGAAGCGAAGAUGUGUCGGCUUUUGCCGAGCAGCUAUUUUGUGCAUCUUACUUCCAAUCAAAGAAACGGAUGGCAUGACGACGACAACUGGAAAUAUCUUUGUGAACAAGACUGAUAGUAGCAAUGAGUGCAAUGGAAUGAUAACAGUCAACUCAUUUCCAUUUCGAGCCGGCGGAGACACAACAAUGGCCGAAUUGAGGAUACCCCUUAUCAUUGUGGAGAGCACUCAGGCGGAGUCAUUAUUAUGUGGGCAGGGCACGUUCUCUGACUACGACGUUGCAGCUCCUGCGCUGUGGUACAAGAUUGAAGGCAACGACCACUAUGUCAAAGCAGUCCUGGAGACUGCAGAAAAUACUGAAAGGCCAUUUGCGCUCUUCAAAGGAUUGAAUUGUGGUGACGAGCUAGAAUGUAUUCUUGGGCAUGCGGCGGAACAUCGAGACAACAUGUUGACUUGGUUUGCCAAAAAGGAAACAACGUACUACUUCAAAGUAUUUGGGGAUCCCGAAGGCGACGACAAUAUUUUCGUCUUGGAAAUUAUGACAUCGGAAGCUCCAAGGCCGAGCAACGACCAAUGUGAAUUUGCGCAACCAUUAAAAUUGGGUGAUUCUUUAACUGGACUAACAACUGGCGCAUGGCCACAUGGGAUCAAAGACGAGCUAUGCAAUCUGGGCAAGCACUCGCAAGCCUUGUUCUAUUCCAUCCAAGGAACAGGAAUGGAUAUCGAUGUGACUCUUCGGGCUGAUGUCACUGAGGGAUUAUUAGGGUUGGCUGUUGUGGGGGAAGAUGAUUGUAGCCAAUGUAUAACGCACUCGGAAUACAUGUCGGCAACUGACUCGGAACAAACAGUGACCUUCCCUUCAGAGGAAGGCAAACUCUACAAAAUUGUUGUUUCGGGGGAAGAGGUUUUUGAUGCCGGACUUUUUCAUUUGGCGGUUGGGUAUGGGGAAGUGUCGCGGGGUGUCAAACAGUUUCAGUCUUUACCUUGGAUUGGCAGUGCAGCACUUCUGUUUUCUACACUGUACAUGUUUGGAUAG